CGCUGGAGUCAGCGGAAAGUAAACAAACGUGGCCAAAGUUUCGUCCGCUCUUGGAGCUCAUACACACCAUGAUGGCGACGAUUAUCCGUAUAAAAAGACGACAUGAUGAGGAACCUACAGAAAAUAUCAUCGUUAAAGCCAAGCGCAGUCGAGUAGAGGAGGAAGAUGGGGCAGCUGCUUUGUGUGAAUCUUCUCCAGAAUCCAGUCACACCAUCAUGACUAGAGUUGGAACUGUGAAUUCCAAGGAAGAUGAUGUGCAGCAACAUGUUCUGAAAGUGAUGAAGGAGCAUAAGACGGGAUGGCAGUUAAGAGAACAGUACAAAAAGUUGGGAAAUGCUCAUAGUAUAAAGGCUUCUGUCAAGGAGGCUGUUAAGAACAGAGUCAAUAGCAAACGGUAUAAGAUAGUAGCAGCUUGUCGAGGAAUCGAGGAUAAGACAGACCAGAAGGGAAAUUGCCAGAUUGGGGAAAAGAAGGAUGUUGAUGAAUCAGAAACAGCUGUGGCCAUCACAACAGAGGAAUAUAAACUGUAUGAUGCUAUGCUGCCAGAGAUUGAUACGAAAGAGGAUGUUAUAACCUGUAAUGGAAUACCAAUGGAAACAGAGAAGUAUGUUUAUGACAUCUACUAUACACCUCAGUCUGUUGAUUGGAUAGAAAAUAUAUGCGAGAUAGAAAAACAUCAUUUACAGUUGUAUAAUGGAUCUGAUAGUGAAGACGAGGAUGCAUUGCAGGACGAUGAUGAUGAGAAUGACGAAAAUAACUGGAGGAAUGAUUAUCCGGAUGAAUCUGAUGAUAGCCAUUAUUCGGAUGAAAUAGAUUAUUUGAAUGCUCAAAUACGGAAAGUAACGGGAAAGAGUUAUGAUACUGAUGAGAGCUAUGAUGUGGACGAGUAUGAAGAGGAUUUUGAUGAAGAUGGUAAUUUGAUUGAGUGUGGUUAUCCAGACUCCGGCAUGAAGCUUCGGAGAGGGAUCAGAGAGAUGUUGAGCAAUGACGAAAAUGACAGUGACAGUGACUGAAUACAGGAUCUCAAUAAAAGUAUAUAUUUUCUUUCAAAAUUUUGCUCUGUUGAUUUUAUACCAGUUUCAUUUCAAUUGGGUGAUAUGAACAUGGUAUUUUGGGAAAAUUUGGCUGAGGGCAGGAGUGAAGGGAUCUUGUCAUCAUGAGAAUUUCAGCUGAAAGCUUGGGCGACAGGAAUGACUUGCCAAGAGUGUACAAAUCUCUUGAAGGACAAUUACAUUCUGUAGGCAUUUAGGAAGGGGCUUUUGCAUUAUUUCCAUCAAUAAAUGAGUGUGGAAUGUACCACCCAUGUGUCAUCACUGGAAGGACUCCAGCUCUAGGAAAAUGCUAUUUCCAUACUCGGAAACCAUUCCUACUCACCAUGACCGGCGGCGAAGGUUGUAUUCCAAAAAUUUGAAUAUUACAAAAUAAAUUAAAAUAUUACAUAAA